AUGGCCACACAAGACCAAAAUCUAAUUUCAAUGACCUGCAACGAUGUCGAUGCUCUUUUCGAUGCGCUGACCGGGGGACAAAAGGCAGCCCCUCUUCCAAAAACGCACUCCUUGGUUGGAGCUGGCAAAGUUUCCGGCGAAAUGAUGUGCCCAUUUCACAAAUCUUUGCCGGUCAAGGGAGUCGUCUUCUUAAAGAACGUUUACUGCGGAAGUCAAUCUUUCAUAUCGUAUUGCGACGACUGCAUCAAAGACCCGUUCAUGUACGACAUCAGCGAUCCGCUCUACUCCGAUUUUCAUCAUGCUGUCAAGAUUCUCUAUCCGUUCGACACCGUAAAAGUGCGACAGGAUACUCUUCUGAACGAUGUUUGGACGUUUUGGAAAAGAAAAAUUCUAAAUUACUACCCAAAAAAAACUGUGUCAAAAUUCGAUUGGGCGCAAGCUGAAAAGAAAGUCGAAGAAGAGCGUAAAAACUUGAAACCUAAAGAGAAAAUGGAGUAUCACCCAAAUGCUCUCCUUCGCAAGUUUUACUUUGACCGAAUGUCCGAUUCGAUGUGUGGGAAGCCGUUCUGCGCGUGGCAUGAGGCGUCCGUUGAAUGCGCGAUCAUCACACUCGACCGCACCUAUGAUUCAUGGGUGCUGGUGCCAUUUUGCGAGGACUGCGUCAAGAAGGAGAAGAACAAACGCCCGGAUUACACGGAGGACCUUCUCUACGCAGUGGAGGUGGCCAUGAAGAAACUUAAUUAUCUUCAUAUCGCUUACUAUUGCAAAUGGCCGCUAGCCUACAAGGAGACGUACGAGAAGGUCUUCAAGCAGACCGAAUAA